GAGAUUUGCAUAGUAUAUAUUAUGCAGAAACCUUUUGUUAUUCUUUAUGCAACUUGUAGACUCAAAAGAUUAGAGAAUAGCAGAAUUCCUCUGGGAUCCAAUAAAGACCUGAGCUACUACAAUAUUAAUAAUGCCUUUGUUGGAGCCAAUACUGACACAGACACGAGACAAGCUGACGUUAUCCAACCUACAACUGUUUAUGAAAGUUUAACCACUGCUGGUUCAAACCGGUUGGCUGAUUAUAGUUCUCUACAGCUACAGGAUGUGCCGACAUCAGAAUUGCCGAAUGAUCACACAGUCCAAUUAGAUCCUGGAGUCCAAUACUACAAUGUAUCGGCAAAAUAAAGAAGUGUUUAGUAAUGUUUUGUAUGGAAAUUUUCUAAUUGACAAAGAAAGAAAAACAACAAAA